AUGGCAGCCCUAUCGAAUUCAUUUGUGAUAUCCAAAUCAUCGGGUUCUUCUCUGAAGUCAGUAGACCAAUGUAGUCCAAGUCUGGUCCCCACCAACCUGUCCUUCAGUCUUAAAGGCUCAAGGAAAGUAUCUUGCUCCAAGAGGGCACUUGUGAUUCAAGCAAGUUAUAGUGAUGGUGGAAGGCCAAGUAGUGCAGGCAUCUUUAUUGGCGGAUUUGUUUUGGGUGGAUUAGUUGUUGGAACCCUCAGUUGUGUGUAUGCACCUCAGAUCAGCAAGGCUUUAGCUGGUGCUGAUAAAAAGGAUCUCAUGAAGAAAUUGCCCAAAUUCAUCUAUGAUGAAGAAAAAGCUUUGGAGAAGCAACGUCAGAAACUGGCCGAGAAGAUUGAACAGCUCAACUCUGCAAUAGACAAUGUAUCCACUCAGCUGCGGUCAGACGACCCCCCAAAUGGAGCAGCUGUCAACUCAGACGAAGUUGAAUCUGUUGUAUGA